UGCAGGGAGCAGUCAGCUGAGAGGACAGAUUUCUGUUGCGGUGUUUGCGUGGUUACAAUCGAUCUGUGAGUGGGUGUGUGUGGGUGUGUGUGUGUGUGUGGGUGUGUGUGUGUGUGUGAGCGCGCUGAGGAUGUGAAAUCAACAUGGUCAGGAGACACAGUGAAGACUAGUUAUCAGCUGAAAGUGAGCACCAUGGCCGCCUUCCAGCUGCUCUUCCCGCUGAUUCUCAGCUGCGUGGCGGCAUCUGCACGUCCUCCCCGCCACCUCCCUGCAUGCCAAGUUGUCCAGAUGGAUGCGUUUUGCAGCGAUCUGAGCCUCAGAAGUGCCCCAGCCGACCUUCCUCAUGGCGUCCAAAUGCUGGACCUCUCCCGCAACCAGGUGCAGAAUCUCACCCAGAAAACUCUCGCGUACCACACGGGUUUCCAUCACCUGAACCUCCACUCGAACAACAUCCACUUCAUCCAGCCGGGGCUCUUCAAAGACAUGACGGAUCUGAAAGUCUUGGAUCUGUCCAAGAACCAUCUGAAUGUUUUCGCUCUGUCCAAAAUCAACAUUGGGCCUCUUACAGCUGUAGAGUCGCUUGAUCUUUCAAACAACGGGCUGUACACGGGGAUGUCAGACUAUUUCCUUGCCGAUUCUCCAUCGCUGGCGAAUCUUUCUCUGAAUGGUAACAGCAUCACCAAAAUAGCUCAAAACACCUUCAGUGGAUCCUCAUCGUUGAGAAAAAUCAGCCUCCACAAUAACGUCAUCUUGGAGAUUGAAGAUGGAGCUUUUGAUUCCUUGGAUCAUCUGACUGAACUCGAUUUGUCCAAGAACUCGAUCACGUGCAUCACAGACUUCAACCUCUGCAACUUAAAAGUGCUGAAUCUGAGCAAGAACAGCAUGGAGCUCUUCCACAGCACAGCAUCAACACUUUCAUAUAAACUCCUCCAUCUUGAUCUGAGUGAAAACAAAAUGCCCUACUUCCCUCUUCUCCCUAGACAAAACAUGCUUGAAUAUUUGGACGUUUCACGGAACCAUCUUCAGAGCAUCAACGUUAUGGGGAGUCUUGAAAAAAAGACAAAUGUGUUUUUUUAUUACCUAAAAUACCUGGACAUGAGUUACAACCAACUCAAAAGCAUUCCAGAUUCGUUUUUUUACUGUAUGGGGUCCCUGGAGGUCCUGAACGUGAGCAAUAACUGCAUCAGCUCGUUCUCUAUCACCAACCCAGGCCUUCUGCAGACGGUGAAGAUUAUCAACCUCAGCUAUAACUCCCUGCAGAGCUUGACAUUUGGGGAAAACACUAUGCAAUCGCUGGAAAAGCUGUUCUUGCAUGGAAACGACCUCGCCACCCUGGACCAUCAAAUGUUUCAAAGACUUCCAAGUAUCAAACAUCUGCAGCUGCAGCAGAACAAUCUGAAAAUCUGUUCCUCGCAGGAAAACCACGAGGAUCCUCCGGGUUGCGUCUCCUUUGCUUUCAUAAGAAACUUGCAGUUCCUGAACUUGUCUGAAAACAAUUUGAGGAAUUUGCCCGCGAACGCGUUUGCCAACACGUCGCUGAUGUUACUGGACUUGUCCCUGAACCCGGGGUUGGACAUGGACAAAGACUCCCUCUCGGGUUUGGAGCAUACCCUAAUCCACCUCCUCUUGAGCGAAAACAACAUUUCCAGCCUAAACACAGACUUGUCUUCGCUGAGGAGUCUCAAACACAUAGACCUGUCCACCAACCAGCUGACCACUCUACCCAUGUGGAACAAAGACUCCUCCAUAGAGUCGCUAAACCUGCAGAACAACAACCUGGUCACACUGGAGUCCAGCACCAUGCUCGCUCUGGAGCACUCCCUAAAAACUCUCUACAUGGGCUCCAACCCUCUGAGCUGCUGCAGCAACCUCGACUUCCUGCACAUGGUCCAGCACUCGGCCGUGGUCGUACCCGAUAUCGAGACCGUCACCUGCGUUCACGAGGAGUAUUCAGAACCGGUCAACAUCGAGAAGGUGACGCAGGAAAUGUGUCACCGAUCAGGCGUGCAGAACUACGUCAUUGCUGUUGUAGUGAUAGUGUGUGUUGUGAUGAUCGUGCUCGGGCUGCUGGUUAAAUGUUUCCACAAGAGGAAACGAAAACACAUCCGAAGCUUUACCGCUUAAUGAAGGAGUUUAUGUUUGGGACUUGGUUGGUGGUUUUUAACAAGAGACAGUUGAAAAACUUGAAUGUAUCUGCCAAAGUCUUCUGAAGGGACAAUUUAUAGGCUUUAUUUGGGUUUAUCGCCACCAUCUAUGCCACUAAAGUGAAUAAAUCCAAAUUCGGUGAAAAGGAAAAGAAGCCUGGGAUGAGACAUGCGAGAAGCAACCACAAUGGCUGCCUGUCAAUGAAGAAAACACAUGCCAUAAUAGAGAAGCAAAGUCCGGCCCCUUAUGUUGGACCACCAAGGGACCUUAUUUUGGAGAAGAAAUGCACGGAAGUCAACGGCGAGAGACAAAUAAUCUUUUGAUCCUGUUUGAAUUGUGCCUAUGAAUUACACUUAUGUUUUCCAGUUUAAAAGGUAAUGUUGUCAGUCAAGAAAGUCACAGUUUGUAGUUAAACUGUUGAAGAAUAAGACUGUGAAAGCACGUGAUUAGAAAGACCCAAAAGUCGUGUAAGUGACGUCAACUUUCUCUUCCGCUGAAUCUACGAUACCCGUGUGUUUCGUACCGGGAUGUAUUCGCACGAGCAACAGGUCAUCCUUCAACCUCCCGGCUAGCUGGAUAAAACCCGUAAGCUAACGUUACAUUCGUGUGUUAGUUAAGUAACCUAGCUAGCUAGCAAGGUAACAGUCGUAUGUUGUGCGAGACGAGAGACUUUCUUGACUGGCAAAAUUAUCUUUUAUAUUUACAGACAUCAUAUGUGUAAUUAAUGGCACAAUUCAAACACGAUCAAAAAAGUAUUUGUCUCUACCGUUCAUUAUUUUUCAGAAAAAAGGUCCCAUUGAGGAAACCAGAAAAUGCGGGACUUCGCUUCUCUAGAUCUCUGAAAUGAAGACAAUAGACAAAUCAUAGAAACUCGACAGUUUGGUCUUUUUUUAAAGGACUUUUAUACGUUUCUUGCUGUCAGCAUCUAGUGGUCAUUACAGGAACUGCAACUUUAAAGCAUGAUGGAUAAUGUUUGCUAACCAGCAUAAGUUUAUUGAAUGUAAAAGGAUAAAUUCACACUAAAACACUUCAACACUGUUGACCAUAGUCACACCAAUACUUUGACUUCAUGGGGGAAGUAUACACUUAUUGGCUGCAGAGAGUUAGAUGAGAAGAAAUGAAUACCUCUUUCAUGUUAAAUAUGAAGCUACAGUCAUCCGAUCAAAGGGUCUUAUUUAUUUUAAGGAUGACCCCAGUCAGUUAGCGUAGCUAAGCAUAAAGACUGGAAACAGCUAGCUUAGCUCUAUCCAAAGCUAACAAGUUAUAUCUUGUUUGUUUAAUUUGUACGUAGUAACUCCAGGAACUUUCUGGAAACGCAAAACAUUUGGGAAGAAAUGUUUUUACGCUUGGCAGAGGUGGAUAGAUUGAUGUAUCUGUAAAAGAAAAAGAAGCAUGUGACUUGUACGUCCACUGAAGCUUAAAAAACGUACAAACCACAAUAUAUCGUUUUUACAUCAAACAAACGAGAUAUAACGCGUUGAGUAGUGAGUUUUAGAGGAGCUAUGCUAAGCUAGCUUUCCCUCCUGUUUUCAGUCUUUAUGCUAAGCUAAGCUAAGUUAACUCACUGCUGACUGUAUAGCCUCAUAUGUGACACAAGAGCGAUAUCAUAGCGUUCUCUCUUAAUAUUGAACUUUAAGUGUUGAAACGAAGACAAAGGGAGUGAAACAGAAACGCAGUGACGUUCAGUGGAAGAGUAUCUGAGGGGGAUUUUCCUUUAAGCUAAAAAUAAAGACACACAAACACUACAAAAGGUCAUGAAACAAAAUGCUCUACUCAUGGACGAUGACGUAUAUCUAGUUUUUAUUAAGCCGUCCCUUCACCCUUUAUGUAGUUUGCACUUUAAAUGUUCUUCUGUUUGUGUGAUUGUAUCUUGUUUUGUGACUGAAAACACUAAGAAUAAUUGUGUUACUAUAAAAACCAAGCUGGACAUUUUAAACAAUAUGUUUUUCUGUAUUGAUCCCCUGUGGACACCAAAUCUAUUCAUUUGAAAUGGCUAAGCACUGAAAUGAAUAACUGUGACACGAUGAAGUAUAAUAUACAUACUGUGUAUUUUUAGAUAAAUAAAUGAAGAUGAAAUCCAGCGCUGUAUUGUCGUGGACUACACUGGCAUGAAGUCCAGCUGAUGUGUAACUUUUCUCAUCCUGUGAUGUUAUCUUGAAACGUAAUACUUUGUACCAAAUGAAGGUUAUUUUCUACACUUAAACACUGUGUGACACUUUAUUUGUGUAAAAACCUCUGAACGUAGUAUUCACACUACCCCAUUUCUUUUAAUAGCCUACCGUAACGUUAUAUUUCGCUAUGUGCGUAUUUAGAGUGGUCCUGUAGUUUAGACACAUUAUGGUAUAAUUGUACUUAAUGUGAUGCUCGGGAGGCCGAGAUUUCUUGCAGAAAUUUAGAUGAGAAGAUUGAUCUCAUCUAAUUCUCAGCAGGAAAUCAAAUAAACGUAAAUGUUGCACAUGCAUGGCAAUUAUUAUCAGAGUAUAAUAAACAACUGAUUCAAGGAGGAAACAGAAGUUAAUGAAAUUAAACUGAAUGUCAUUUUCUAA